GGGGAAACUGGGAAACGGGGAAACGGGGAAACGGGGAAACGGGGAAACGGGGAAACGGGGAAACGGGGAAACGGGGAAACGGGGAAACGGGGAAAC